AUUUUGGGGCUAUGGGGGUGUUCCACUCUGGCUUUGCCACCCGCGUCAUCCCCCUCUGAGCUCCCUCCCUCUCCGCUGUCGACCAUAUGCCGAAUGUCGGUUUCCCCUAAGAUCGUAUGGGAGUCUACAGUAUCUCGCACGCGAGUCUUACCCUAUGAUCGAGAAGAAGAUCCAGAACCCUGUUUGCGUUGGCCUAGCCUCAUUGUUGCUCUGUACUGGAGACACCUCACCCCCUUCGCGACCCAAUUAUUG